UUCUGUCAUACGUUCGGAGCUGUGAGUCUGUUCUGUGAGAGUCAGGAUGGCAGGUCGUCGGUUCGCAGUGAAGGCAAUCAAUUGGGCGGCAUUUGCUGAACGGGUUCCUCCCAACCAGAGAAGCAUGUUCAAUGCUUUCAAGACUCGCAGUGACAGCAUCUCUGCAAAAUUGGCUUCAUUGCCACAGACUCCUCCUGCCAUCGACUGGGCUUACUACAGGACUGCAGUGGCCAAACCUGGACUGGUGGAUGAGUUUGAGAAGAAGUUCAAGGCCCUGCAAGUCCCUGAACCUGUCGACACAGAGACGAGUGCCAUCAAUGCACAGGAAGCUGAGGCUAACAAAAGUGCAUUAGCCUACAUUGAAAGCUCAAAGUCUCGCAUUGCUGAGUUCGAGAAAGAGCUGGAAAGGUUUAAGAACAUGAUUCCCUUUGAUCAGAUGACCAAUGAGGAAUUUAUGGAAGCCUUCCCUGAGACCAAGUUGGACAAGGAAAAGUACCCAUUUUGGCCCCAUAAGCCCAUAUCAGAACUGUAAUCCUUUUUGCUGUCAACUCACAAUAAAGAUUCUGUAUUUAAAAGA